AUGGACUUCGAUUCCGAGACACAGGCAACCUCAUCUCAGCGCAUGUAUACCGCGCGAGCUGACAACUAUGAGAACUCAUUCCAUCCCGACUGGACCAAGCGCUUCAUGGCCGUCGCAGAUAUCCAACCCGGUGAACGCGUUUUGAUUCUAGCUUGCGGCACCGGCCUCGAGGUUUUCACCGCUGCUGACCAGGUGGGCGACACGGGCGAGAUCGUCGGCCUCGACGUCACCGAGGCCAUGCUCAACAAGGCGAGAGAGAAGCUAGAGCGCCUCAAGCCGAGUGCAAACAUUCGUCUGUUCCUUCACGAUGCCACAAAAUUGGAGACUUUGCCGGAGCUGGAGGGGCAAAGUUUUGAUGCCAUCUUGUGCUCCAGCGCCUUUGUUCUCUUUGACGACCCUGAAGGUGUCGUUGCGAGGUGGCGCAACUUCCUGAGACCGGGAGGCAGGGUGGUCAUCGAUAUCACGCAUGAGGACAACUUCAAGAUCGGACUCAUUCUGGAGAAGGCGGCUAAGCGCCUACGGUCACGAUUUCCCAGCAACAGGUCCUGGAUCACGGACAAGAACUCCUUCACAAAGAUUCUCGAGAGCGCAGGGUACGUGGUGGACAGGAUCGAACUAAUGCAUAACAUUUCCGGGCAAGGAGACACAUAUUACGGUAUGGACCAGAUUGACGAGCAGUUUGAGCAUGUCACGAGCACGUCGUUGGUCACCAGUCUCCCGACGGAAGAGUUCAGGGACCAGGCUAGGGCACUCUUUCACGAAGAGUGGAAAAAGGCUGCCGUUGGCGGCCAAGUCGUCAACGUAGAUGCUCUUUAUAUCUAUGUAGCCCGGAGAACCUAG